GUUGCGCCGUCUCGCCACGACCUUCCCUUUCCUCCCCCGCUUGCGCAGCCCGCCGUUCAUCCCGCCUCGUCGGAGACAGUCCUUCUCAGCAUGCGCGUCGCCGUCAUCGGCUCUGGCGUCACGGGCAUUGGCGCCGCGUGGGCGCUGAACGAGCACUCCGCACACGAUGUCGUGGUCUUCGAGUCUGCGUCGCGCGUGGGCGGACACAGCAACACGGUGCGCUUCGAGCCUCCCUCUGGCGCGCCAGCAUGCGACGUGGACACAGGCUUCAUCGUGUUCAACGAGGUCACGUAUCCGAACUUUCUGCGCUUCCUUAAGCACCUCGAGGUUCCAAUCCUCUCCUCCGACAUGUCCUUUGCCGUCUCGCGGUCGUUUCCUCUGACGGCAGCCCCGCCUCUGCCAUCCGCGACGAAGGGCAGCGGCCGGUCAGCAGCACUGCAGCGUGGCGCAUUUGAGUGGGCCGGCUCAAGCCCAGCGGCACUCUUCGCACAGGGGGCGAACCUGCUGGACCCAAGCCACUGGCGCAUGAUCUGGGACAUCAUCCGCUUCAACUACCAGAGCCUAGACACGCUGCGAGCCACUGCGCAGCGUGCCGAUGCCAAGGCGGGCGGCGCCGGACAGAGCAUCGGCGCUUGGCUCGACGAGCGGGGCUACGGCGACUCGUUCCGCAACAACUACCUCAUCCCGAUGACGGCGUCGAUCUGGAGCACGCCGCCAGGCCUGGCCUUCUCUGCCUUCCCGGCCUUGACCCUGCUGCGCUUCAUGCACAACCACCACCUGCUGCAGCUGCUCGAUCGACCGACGUGGCUCACCAUCGCGGGCGGCUCGCACAACUACGUGCGCCGCGUCGUGUCCAAGCUGCCCGACGGCGCCCUGCGCCUGGGAGACGCCGGCAACGUGCACAAGGUGCGCAGGGAUGGCGAAAGGUGGAUCGUCCACGUCGGCGACCACUCGGAGCACUUCGACCGCGUCAUCUUCGCCUGCCACGCCGACACGGCCUUGGCUCUCCUCGAUGAGUCCUCCGAUCCCGACGCCUCUGCCGCGCUUGCAAAGUUCAAGUUCAGCGAGAACGAGGCGGUCCUGCACGCCGACGAGCAGCUCAUGCCUGUGCGCCGCAUUGCAUGGUCCGCAUGGAACUUCCUCGCCACGUCUAAGUCGCGGCGCUCGACCGACGAGGACCGCGUGACGCUGACGUACUGGAUGAACCUGCUGCAGUCGCUGCCCGAGGAGAAGCACGGCCACGUCCUCGUCACGCUCAACCCUGCGCCCGGCGCCGAGCCGCGCGAGCACCUCGUGCGCGGGCGCUUCAAGUACACGCACCCGCUCUACACGCCCGACUCGGUCGCCGCACAGGCGCGCCUGCGCACGCUGCAGGGCCGGCACGGCGCACACUACGCGGGUGCCUGGACGGCGUACGGCUUCCACGAAGACGGAUUCAGCUCUGGCCUGCGCGCUGCAUGCGCGCUCGGCGCCAACGUGCCGUUCAAGCCGCAGCCUGCCGAGCGCCCUCUGCCAGCCGUCAGCACUCUUGCUUGGCUGCUCAUCGCCUCCUUCGAGGCACUGCGGAGACGUGCCGCGCCUUGGCUCGCACUCGCCAUCGCUCCGUCGAUCAUCGUCUUCGCACUGCUCGUCGAGCUGGCCUCGGUGCCUGCCGGCCUUGUCCUGCCGGGACUGAGGCAGUCGCCAAGACUGCAGGAGGUGAGAGAGGUGCGCCGCUGGUGGGUCGAAGAAGUGCAGGGCAAGUGGCUGUGAAGCAGCUCCUGCUGGGCGAUCGCGACCAUCGCCUCCUUCUAGAGACAGGUCCGAGCAAUGCAAUUGUAUUAGAC